AUGGCGUCUGAAAUGUUAGUACUUCAGAACUUUAUCGGAGGAAAAUUCGUACCUUGCACAAAUCACAUUGACAGCUACGACCCAUCAACGGGAAGAGUGCACUGUAAGGUUCCAGACAGUACUGAAAAAGAAGUCGAUUUAGCCGUUAAGGCAGCAAAUGAAGCGUUUGAAAGGUAAUGUGUGUUCUGUAACCAUAAUUGAUCGCCCAGUGUUGGGGUUGAGUGAGGCAUGCUAGUUGUACUCGUGGCUAUCAAGAUUCUCUAUCUCCGUUGAGGGAACGCAUUGUUUUCCUAGUUUAAUCUUUGGAAAAAAACUGAUCCUAAAAUCACGAAUUGACUGUAUCAUGAUCAAUGUUUAAUGAAGUUGCGUAAUCUCUAUGUUGUACAUAUGAGGUGCAAUCAUUGGGAAAUAUAUAUAAUGAUUGUACACAUGAGGUGCAAUCAUUGGGAAAUAUGUAUAAUAAUGUAUGGGGUGAUUUCUUUCAUUAUGUAUAAAGUACAUACAGAGUAGUCAGUGGCUUAAAAUCUCACAGUUUAUAGACUACGAUAAUCACAUUACGCCGUUGUCUAAGUAACCAUAACUAUAAAGCACGUAGAGGGUUUUGGGAUCGGAAAAUGAAUGAUUCGUAGUAGUGCUCUAAAGGUAGUGCAGACCAACUAUAGCCUUUCUGAUGUUUUCCUUAUUUCCUAAGGCCAUCUUAUCUCAAUGAAUGCACAGCUGACUUUCAACGCGUUAGUUUAAAUAUUAUAGAAAAAAGAAACUCCCCCUUCAACAUGUAUGCCUCAUUGCCAACAAACGUGUCACUGUGCACUAAAAGAACAUGAAGCAUGCUCUUCAAAUUGAAUAUGAUAAUAGAAAUUUACUUGCCAGGUUUUAUGUGUGGUUACACCUGGAAAUUUCUCUUUCUCUCUGAUUCUUUGUUUCUCUGUUGGCAUGUUUGUUUGUCUGUCUUUCUUUUUGUCUGUCUGUCUGUCUUUUUGUCUGUCUGUCUGUAUUUCUAUCUGUCUGUAUGUCUGUCUUUCUGUCUGUCUCCCUGUUUGUGUUUGCAUAUUGUUUUCCAGGUUUUGUUUAAGAGAUGCAGCUACAAAAGAAUUGUUAUUUAAAGUACUAAGGGAAUCAUUUCCAAUUCUGAAAAGAAGAUUCAGGCCAUUAAGAUUAAGCUAGAAUUUUUUUCUUUAGAAUAGCUAAAGAAAGCUGUAAUAUCAGUUGCCCGUCUGAACUCUUUAGUUUGUUUGACUUCAAGUAGGAAUGCUGAGUAUUUAUUUUCUUUGUAGCUGGUCUGUAACCACACCAGAAUAUAGAGCAGGUAUAAUGAGAAAGAUUGCUGAUCUCAUUGAGGCCCAAUUGGAUGAAUUUGCUGAGGCAGAAUCAAAAGACCAGGGGAAGCCAGUGUUGCUGGCUAAGACAAUCGACAUUCCACGUGCCUGCCAUAACUUUAGAUUCUUUGCCUCUACAAUUAUACGUUCCUCAGUGGAAAACCAGUAAGUACUUGACUUACACAUUUUCCUAACCCUUCAACUCCCAAAAGUGAUUAACAUGUAACUUCUCCCUAUAAUAUCCAUACAUUAUCCAGCAGGUAGAUAUUGUUAUCUUGAUCCAACACUAAAUUCUUGUUACUAAUUUACUAGGAAAUCUGCAGAGGCUGGAGGGGAGAAUCAACAAUUAGAUCUUGGGAAUUAAAGGGUUAUAUAAAUUUGAUACCCACCUUAAGUACUAUUAAUAAUACUACUACAUAACAUCAAUAAACCAAGUGAAUGAAUCAAUCUCUCCGUUAGUUAGUUAGCAUGAAUUUUCAAAUUGGUUACGUGUAGAUGGCAAAAUUCCUAGCUGUCAGCCAACCUUUGCUUUUUUGCCAUUUAUCCAUUUUUUUUUGUGUAGUUUUUGUCAGCUUCCUGCUUUAUCCCAUGAUAAAUGUCUAUUAGCUGCUGAAAGGGAUUAAUUACCAGUCACUGAAACUGAGUAAAAGUGCACAAGCAAGAAAUCCUCUCUUGAAUGUUUUUAGUGGCACAACCAAUCUGACCAUAAUUUUUUAAUAAACAAGUUAAAUUUAUUUUCACUUUAAUAGAACCAGUGUUCUAGAAAAUGUUGGUGCACUGAAUUACACCAUCCGAAGUCCAAUUGGUGUGGCUGGACUGAUCUCCCCUUGGAAUUUGCCUGUUUAUCUUCUGACUUUCAAGAUUGCUCCUGCAAUUGCUGCUGGAAAUACUGUUGUUUGCAAACCAAGUGAAAUGACAUCUGUCACAGCAUGGAUGAUGGCCAAGGUGCUUAAUGAAGCAGGUAGAAAAAGUAAUAUUUCAGUUAAUUCUUUCACUCCAAGGAGUGACCCAGGCAAGAUUUCUCCUUACAAUAUCAAUAUAGAAUCAAGUAGACCAGUAAUGAGAAUAAAUGAAUAUAUCAACUAGAGGAUUAUUAUUUUGAUCCAAGACCAAACUCUUAGAACUAACUUUGUGGGAAAUGUCUGGCAGACAUAGGGAAAAUACGCAUUAAGAUCAUGGGUAUCAUAACAAGCUGGAGUAAUGUUGUGCUUGUUAUUUUAACACUGUUACUAUAAUAAUCAUGCUCAAAAGAUAAUUACCCAAAUUUUAUAACUCAGCAGAUGUACAGUCAUGUUUCUCGUAAACAUCACUUUUUCACUGUGUUUAACUCACUAAGUGUACUUCAUAUCCUGAGCAUUCAGCAAUUUUCAUUAGAGUGUAAAUGAUAAUCUAGGAUUUCAUUAAUAAUUUAUUUAACCUUUACUUUGCCUUUUGAUUGGUGUUGAAAACUUGUCCCAUGACCUCUCAACCAAUCAGUUGCAAGAUGCCAGGCAAUUUUAACAUGGCUGGAUGUGUUUCAGGUAGUUGCAGCUGUGGCUUGUUUGACUUCGAGUUGUUCCCAAUAUUAGAGCCCCUUUCAUAUUUUUCUUUGUCCUGAUUGCAUCUCUUCAAUACACAAUCAAAAUCCCCCCCUCUAAUGUGUCAUGUCUCGGUCAAUGACUGUAGGUCUGCCUCCUGGUGUUGUUAACUUGGUGAUGGGCACUGGACCCAAGGCAGGCGCUGCCAUUGUUAGACACCCUGAUGUUCCUGUGAUUUCAUUUACUGGUUCAACUGUCACAGGUCAAGUUAUCACAGAAAUGACAGCUCCUUUUUACAAGAAAACUUCAUUAGAAGUGAGUGCUCUCUUUAAAUACCUAUUAAGCUUUGCAAUUGUUGAGAGCAUGUUUCGGGCAAGUUUAAUCCUUUGUGUCCUAAGAUCAGCAUCCAAGGCAUAUUCUUCAAAUUUUUUCAAAAAAUUUUAUUCCUAGCUUGGAGGGAAGAAUGCUGCAAUAAUUUUUGAUGAUGCAGACUUAGAGAAGUCCAUAGCAACGACUGUCAGGUGUGUUUAGUAAUUUAUCUGUCCAGUGUAAGAUCAUAAUUUAGAUACACUUUAUAAAAUUAUCCAUUUGUAGCAGAUUUUUUGUGUUAAUGUACAUUAAAAACAUUUUGCAGCUAGAAAAAAUUAAGUGUUAAGGAUUUCAUUCAAAGUUUGUAGGCUACAGAAUUAUUGCAGCUGUCCAAAGUUAAUGGAAAAAAUGAGGCUCCAUGUUAACUUACAGUACCUUGCAAAACACUCUCAUCACUAAGCAGUUUGUCUUUUUUUUUUUGGGUGCGCCUUUGUACACUCAAUUGGUAGUUGUUAAGAGUUUGAUUAUGUUUUGGGCAAAGAUAUAUGGAUCCCUAAUAAUUUCAAACUUACAUGCAUCUGUGCGACUUAAAUCUUUUGAAUCAAGCUUAUUUUUUUGACCAAAUUUGUUAGUCUGGUGUCUUAGAAAUAGUGUUAAGUUUUGUAUGCUUGGCUUGUUUGAGGGAAAAGGUUUUUCCUUAAGGUAAAGAGCUAUAUGCAUGCAAAUAUCCUAUGGUGAAAUAUGAAUACCUUUUAAUUUCGUAUUUCAGGUCCAGUUUUGCCAAUCAAGGAGAGAUCUGUCUGUGCACCAGUAGAGUUUAUGUCCAAAAAGGAGUUUAUGACCAGUUUUUGGAGGGUUUUGUGGAAAGAACUAGGUACAGCAUUUUGCAAUUUUAUAUUAUGAGAGAGAAAUGAAGAUUUCUGACUAGUGUAAACUUUUGUCGCAUUAAAGAGAAGAUCCACUGUAUGAAAUCAGAUUUAGCUCAGGAGAGUUUGGAAUUUGUUUAAUUUACCAGUUUUGUGAAGAGAGAAGUAGGCCUCGCUGUCUUAUGAGAAGGAAGUGGGGUGUGGAUGGGUGACUGUUUUUUUUUUGGGAGGGGGGGGGGGGAGGGGAAGAAGGAUUGGCCGUAAACAGGUGUAAGUGAGACCAAAGACCUAUAUACUUAGAGCCUUAAGCGGCUCGACAAUAAUUCUAGAGAUUUAGUGAUCUUUUUCCUUCUCUUGUCUCUUGUCUUUAUACCAGGCAACUCAAGGUUGGUUCUCCAAAAGAUCCAACAACCAACGUCGGAGCUUUGGUAAGCAAGGAACACUUAGCCAAGGUACGUUUUUGGAAAUUUAUCCAUAAGAUUCGAUUCUACGGAUGCCUACGUUAUCAUAGUCAAUUGUUAUCAUUAUCAUGCGAUGUUAUCGAUGUCGUUAUAUCGUAAGCGUUUUCGGCAUCGAAAGCGUCAUCGGUAGCGCUAUCGUUUUUGGAAUCAUAACUGUUAUCGCUAGUUUUAUCGUUAACGGUAUCUCGUUAUCAUUAUUUAGAGGAACUACACAAUACAGGGGUACAGGUUUUGAAUUUUUAAGGAGCGUAUCUCUUGGCUCGUCUGGCUCGGCAUAAUCUAUAUGCACGUGAAGUAUCGGGGUUUUUUUGGAGUACAGGGUAAUUUAGUAUUAUCAACCGAGUUAAUUACCUAAAUUAGUCACCGUAAAGAGUUUCUAGGCUGACGUUUCGAGCGUUAGUCCUUCGUUAUUCGCUUUGCUAAAUUACCCUGUUAUACUCUCCCAUCGACGCAGCACCACAGUUCUUUUAGAAAGUUACCCCCUUUGUUUUUAUGUAGCUGCUUGUUUGGCUCGGCAGUAGAGCAAACGAACCCCUGGAGCUGGUUAGUUAGGUUGGUGAUGGCCUGUAGUUUAGCCCAUUAUCGUUAUAUCGGUAGCAUUAAUGAUAUCGGUAACAAUGUCGUAAUCGGCAGCGUUAUCAAUUUCGUUAUUGGUAUUCGUAUCAGUAACAUUAACGUUAUCAAUAGCUUUUUCGAUAGCGCUCUCGCUCUCGUUAUCGCAAAAAAUGAAAAAGAGAAAAGAAAAAUUCUGUGUAUCAAGAUUACAUAUUUAUUACAAAUUUAUUUAUUUGAAUCGUAAUGUUCGUGGUAACUUGUACCGUGCCUUGUAUCUUAUCGAUAUCUGGUCUAAGGCGUUUUGUUUCUUCUCAAGGUCCUUGGAUAUGUGAAACUUGCCGUGAAUGAAGGUGGAGAGAUUGUUUGUGGCGAAGGAAAGGACUAUCCUUUGGAACUACCCAGUCCUCACACACAAGUAGGCACAGUUCUGUUUUUUUGUUGAUUUUAAUGUGGAGAUGGAAGGUUUGUUUCUAGUUUUCAACAUUUGUUUCCUUGUUUGUUUGCGUCUUAGGGAUACUUUAUGCGACCCACGGUGAUUACCGGUUUGUCGGACAACACUCGCUGCAUGCAGGAAGAGAUAUUUGGUGAGUUAGGACAAAGGAAUUAACUGAAAAUAAAAUUAAGGCAGUUCUUAGACCUCUUUUUUAUACGACGAGCUUAAUUGCUGUUAUUUUAUUCAUACAAACUACCUUUUUUAAUCCUUACAACAUAUUGAAAAUGAAAGAAUUCUCGCUCAAAGCGACGCCAAGAAGGCAGUCUGUAUGGGCAUAGAGACUUGGGGUUGUAUGCGCUAUAGAGUGUGCACUGACUGGCUAUUGCUCAGUCAAUAUGGUAAGGUCUAUGUGUGAGAUUCUCUUCUGUUUUACAGGUCCAGUUGUGGCAAUUGUACCUUUUGAAAACGAGGAAGAGGUAUGAGUGACACGUGUCUUGCAGCUUCACGCGCGCCUGACGCACGUGCAAUUCCAAUGCAUUACAAGCGCAAAUUUUAAAUAUUAGUUUGAGUAGUUUGUUUUGUGUUAGUUUUGUUUGUUUGCUGGUUUAAUUUCUUCACCUUUUUUUUUCCGUGGGUUUUUCUUGUCAGGUUAUCAAACGAGCUAAUGGUGUCAAGUACGGACUAGCAGCAGUGAUUUGGUCAGAGAAUCUUUCACGCACUCACCGAGUAUCAAAACGUUUACAGGUACAAGACACAAAUUAGUAAAGGUUUGCUGAGCGGCGCGUACUUAAACGAUCCAAUUGGCUGACGGACCUAUUAGUUCAUGGCAAGGUCUUUUUGUUUAAGAAGUGUCCUGACCUUAUCUUUUCGACAUCUCUAUCGUAUUUUAGUCACAUUCAACUUCGAUUCAUGAUACCAAAUUUUUGGUUCAAUAUUUGUAUUGUGCGGUGCAAACAUAUUUUUUUGUCGAGCGAGUGCUGUCCCACUGUUUUGACAAAACGAAUGACAUGUCUUUUAGGUCGCUAACAUUGUGAGAAUUGUGUUGUGAUUUUUCUCUGUUACACUACGAGGCAGAUUUGUGUCGCUUAUUAGAAGGAGUUUCGUUGAACACAUUCUGGUUUUGCUUUUACAUUUUCAAGAAUAAAAAUGUUGCCAGAUAUUUCAGUUUAACAACGUUAAAAGACGGCUCUGCUUCUAUUCCCUAGGCAGGGACAGUGUGGUGUAAUUGCUGGCUGGUCCGUGAUCUCAAUAUGCCUUUUGGAGGAUUCAAAGCUUCAGGGGUUGGCCGAGAAGGAGCUAAAGAAUCCUACGAGUUCUACACAGAAGUAAAAACGGUCUGCGUGAAGAUGUAG